AUGGCCGACCCUGUUGCCGCCCCCGCUGCUAAUGAUGCCGCGGCACCCGCGCAGGAGAGCUUGAUGGACCGCCUGUGGCCCAUGCUACGCAUGCUCUUCAUCUACUACACAAUCACGUCUGUCAUCAACAUGUUCGCGCCUCAGCAGCAGUCCCGCGUCCAGAAUGUGGUCGCCAAGAAUGCGGACAACGUGAAUAGUGGCCCCCACUCACCUGCGCAACAGCAACUUUUGCGCAACUCAUUUCAGUUGGGCACACCGAUCAAUCUUAGAGUGUACAUCACUCCCGACGAGGAUUUUUCCUUUGCCGAUACUGCGGACACCGCCGCCGUGGAGAGGGAGCAAGAGACCCUGCGCUGGUUUGAGGACGCGCUUACAUACGACAGCACACCAAAUGUCGAGCGUGAGGACGGCGUGUGGAUCCGCGAGAUGAAUGUUUCGGUGGACGAUCACCUGCUGUCCAAUGGCUCGCUCUACGCGCACGUGUUCGUGACCAAGGAUGGCUGCUCGCCGAACCCGGCGGACAGCACAUAUGACGCCAUGAGCUCCAUCCAUCGCUCGGUGGAGCUUACAGCGUUCCGUCCGCCGCCAAAGAUCGUCAAGAAGCGUAAUCUUCUGGAGACACGCACAGCUGAAGAAGCGCAGGAAAAGACCGAAGAGGAAGCUCAGCAAGUGGCAAACGCCGACCGGGACGUGUACAUCUCCAUGUGGAAACCUUCGUUCUACGUGAACUUGGUGCUGGACCAUACGACGUACUCGACCAGACAGCCUCCCCCGCCCUUCGUGUCCACCGAGAUGGACGUUGACAAAGAAGCAGGCGUGUACUCUCCCGUGCUCUUCGUGAACGAAUUCUGGCUGCUGGAGGAGCAUCUGAUCGCUGUAAACGACACGGUCACGGCUUUGCCACUGGAGAUCUCAUUCUACCCUCUGCCGAUGUACAAGUACGCACUGUACACGCAGAUGGAGCAGAAUUUCCUCAACCAGGAAGCAACAGGCGCGUCCUCGAGACGGGACACGGACAAUAUGAAGAGCAUGUUCAUUGAAACCAACCCGUACCUGCUGGCAGUGACGAUGGUGGUGUCACUACUGCACUCGCUCUUCGAUUUCCUGGCGUUCAAGAACGAUGUGAGCUUCUGGAAGAAUCAGAAGUCUCUCGCGGGCUUGUCACUGCGUACGAUCGUGCUCAACACUUUCUUCCAGCUGGUGAUCUUCUUGUACCUGAUGGACAACGACACGUCGUGGUUGAUUCUGGUCCAGUCGGGUAUUGGUCUGAUGAUUGAUAUAUGGAAAAUCAAGAAGGCGGUUGUCUUCUCGCGGGAUGAAAACAAUAAGCUCGUUGUGUCAGGCGCUGAGAGCUACGAGACAUCCCCAACAGCGGAGCAUGAUCGCGUUGCUGUGGCUCACUUGUCGUACGUGCUGUACCCGCUGAUCGUCGGCCAGGCUGCUUACACUCUUGUGUAUGGUGUGCACAAGAGCUGGUACUCGUGGGUGGUAUCGAGUCUGACCAGCUUCGUAUACGCCUUCGGCUUCAUUAUGAUGACGCCUCAGCUGUACAUCAACUACAAGCUCAAGUCGGUGGCCCAUUUGCCGUGGCGAGCCAUGGUGUACAAGUCGCUGAACACUUUUAUCGAUGACUUGUUUGCCUUCGUGAUCAAGAUGCCGUGGAUGCAUCGACUGAGUUGCUUCCGUGACGAUCUCAUCUUCUUCAUCUACCUUUACCAGCGGUGGAAGUAUCCGGUAGACGCCAAGCGCACGAACGAGUUUGGUCAGGGCCCUGCUGAGGACGAGGAUGCGUCGAACGCCAUUGAAGCCACUGCAGCGUCUACGAAGCCUGAGGAGUCAGAAUCGAUAGCCGCUGCCGUUGAUGCAACAGAGGAGAUUCCACCUCCACCGUCUACUCUGCCGUCGACCGAGUAUCUGAUGUCCAAGCGUACUAAAACCCUCGAGGGGGAAACUGCAAAGCCAGAGGAGUGA